AUGCCUCAGAGUCCUAAAAUCCUGUCGAAGGAGGACUUGCCGACGAACGAGGCAAAAUGGGUAGCACUGAAGAAAUUGUACUGGAGCGAUCAAGAAGGCAAACAGCGAACAUGGGAAUGUGCUGAGCGGACAACAAGAGGCUCGUCCGGUAUUGACGCGGUUGCCAUCCUUGCCGUCUUGCGUUCGGAGACGAAUGCGUUUCAGCCAUCAACUGUGAUCAUUGAGCAGUAUCGUCCUCCGGUAGACAAAUAUGUCAUUGGCAAGCAUACAUACACCCUUUCUGCUGCUAGAUCUCACCGGACACUCGUCAUAGUGCAGAAUUGCCUGCAGGUAGCUCGCGAUGGUCUGAUCGAUGAAGGAGAGACAGCGGAGCAGGCAGCCAUACGUGAGCUCCAGGAAGAAACCGGAUUCAAAGCCACCAAGGUGCUCGACUCGUCGCCUUUACAAGUUUGUGACCCUGGCAUGACGACCGCCAACAUGAAGCUCGUUGCAGUCGACGUUCCUUUCCCAGACAAGCUCGAGCAAUCGGCGCAGAAGCUUGAGCCGGGCGAGUAUAUCACAGCGAGGAUCGUCGAGCUCGCGAAGCUGUCGGACGAGCUGAAAGAGUAUGAGAAGAAGGGCUUCGUCGUCGACGCGCGGUUGUCCCACUUUGCAAUCGGCAUCGAGAUGGCUGAACGGCUGAGGCAGUCAAAGCUUUGA